GUAUAAAAUUGAAACACGUGUGUUUGUUUUGCUCUGCAAUAUCACUUUCAAAAUGUCAAAGUUUAAGCGUAAGAAAGGAAGGGAAAACGAACACGAUGGUAAAAAGGCAGAUAGAAUACCAGAUGAAGUGAUCAACUACUACAAAAGGGUAUCAGAAACUCUAGACGAAGAAUUUUAUUCAAGUGAAGAUAAAGAUAUUUUCCUGAAUAAUGUAUUUGGUCAGUUGAAAGAGGAUGGUUUAAAAGUUUGUCACCUGGCUAGUACCAGCCGUAUAUUUGAAAGAUUGAUUGGACUAAGUGAAGCUAGUCACAUUAGAACUCUUCUACAAAUAUUUAAAGAGAACUGGUCAGACAUGUUAACUGACCGCUUUGCAAGCCAUGUGUUACAGAACACUUUAACUCAGGUGCCGAGGUGUCUACAAACAAAGCCAGAAGAUAGGGAGGAUACAGAGGAGGAUCCCUCUAUAGAAGAUUUAUUCUUGGACUUGUGCUGUUACAUAAAGGAUAAUUUGACAAACUGUGUGGAUGUAUACAGUUCUCAUAUUGUGCGUGUGAUUCUACAGAUCUUGGCUGGUGUUACAGUGGACGAACAAGUCAUCAGAAGUCGAUUGUCAAGGAACCAAAGAAAAGAUAAUCAACAAAACAUGUCAACUAAUUUUGAAAAGUUUGAUCCUCCAGAGUUAUUCCAAAAAAUGCUGAAAAAAAUUACAAAGGGAAUUUUUCAAAUGGAUGACUUACAAGAUUGUUUGUGUUCCCCCACCAUCAGUCCUGUGGUACAGACCAUUCUGUUGGUGCACCAUCAGAAGAGUGAUGAUAAGGGUGAGAAGUACCUUUAUAAAGUGAUGAAGACAUCAGGUCUCUGUUUACAAACGGAAGAUGAUUCCAGUCUACCACAAAUAGCAACAAAUGAGAUUGGUUCUUUCCUAGUGGAGCAAAUUUUAAACCUUGGGUCAGAGGAAAUCUACAGAGAUAUCUACAAGACGGUAUUCAAAGGAAAACUGAUUCACUAUGCACUACACCCUGUCGGGAAUUUCAUUUUACAGAAACUCCUUUCUAAUGUCAAGGAGAAAGAACUAUUUGAGGAAAUGUUUGAGGAGCUCAGCAUCCUAAUAGAGGAUCUACUCGCUCUCAAUCAUCUGGGUGUAGUCACUAGAAUGGCUGAAACUUGUCUAAGACUUGGUUGCCGACAGGAAAAGUUGGUGCGGUGCAUUAUGGGGGCAUUUCAUUGUGUGGACCCAGUUGAGCGACAAACAAAAUUAUCUCCCCUGCUGCUCUCACUCUCCACAUAUGAAGUUUAUUUCAACAUUGAUGAAGAUGCAGAUGACACUGAAAAAGCAGUAAAAACUGAGGAGAAAGAAAAGAUUGUUCCUGUUUUGAAGAAGAUAAAUUAUCAUGGAUCAGUUUUGAUGCAAAACCUGCUACGCUUUGGAAACCCUAAAGUUGUGGUUAGUGGAAUCCUGGAUCUCACACCUGCUGAACUACGUACAUUAGCGUGCGAUCCCUGUGGGAGCCAUGUCAUUGAUGUUUUCUGUCAGAGCCCCUCAAUGGGGGAGAAGAGCCGUGAACUUCUCUUCAAAAGAAUGAAGGGUAUAUACAUGGAUGUGGCCUGUGAUAAGAAUGGCAGUAGGACACUGGAUAACAUGUGGAAGUGUGCAACCCUUAGUCAAAAGCUCUUGGUCGCGGAGGAGUUGGGACGCAAUGAGGCCAAGCUCCAAGGAGACAGAUUUGGAUUUUACGUUCACAAAAACUGUGGUAUCUUUCACUACAAACACCGACUGCAGGAGUGGAAAGAGGUUCAAGGUCAAAGUCAGAAGAAACGUAAACUCUUCAGUGAAAUCAUCAAUGACGGACCAGCUGGUAAAAAGACAAAAGGAAAGGACAAGGGAUGGAAAGGGACCCAGGAUUCACCAACAGAGGGAAACUAUCUGCAAUUAGAUAUGGGUGAUGAACCAUCUUUUAGUGGAGGGAUUCCGCAUGGGCAGUCAAGAUCUAAAGAAAUGCAUAAAUCCAAAGGAAGCGGUAAAGGUUACCAGAUUAAGGACGAGGGGAUGCAGAACCUGCUGUCCAAGAUGUCGGAUACGAGUGGGGAGAAAACCUUCACAAAGUACAAAAAGAAAAAAAAGUUGAAAUAAUCAGUAUUUAAUUUCUUUUUAAAUAAACAUAAAAAAAUAUACACAC